AGAAACAAAAUGGCGAGCAUUUUGGACAGAUUUCAUGAUUUCAUUUGGAAUGAACAAUUUUGGCUGGGUGAUGACGCACGUUGGGAGGAUUUUAUCAGUUCUGAUCCUUCAGUUUAUUACCCAAAAAUAAGUCACAUGAACUGGUCGAUUGUUGUUGGAAUUGUGUUGGUAUUCGUUAGACUUAUUUAUGAAAGUGUUCUAAUCAAGCCUCUGGGCCAUUGGUUGGGACUCAAAGAAAGAAAGUCUAUUAGUUUAAAAGAGUCACCUCAGUUGGAGGCAGCAUUUAAAACAUAUAAAAACAAAGUUCCACGCAAUGAAGUUUUGAAACUUGUAAAGCAAACAGAUAUGACAGAGAGACAAAUUCAGAGAUGGUUUUUCAAGCGAAGAAUUUUACAAAUGCCUUCAUCAAUGUACAAAUUUAGAGAAUGCAGUUGGCAUGUAUUGUUUUAUACAACAUCUUUUUGUUAUGGAAUGUAUGCUCUCUGGGAUAAACCUUGGUUGUGGGUUACUGUUAACUGUUGGGUUGGCUGGCCAAAACAGCACAUUGAUAAUGACGUGUUUAAUCUGUAUUUGGUAGAACUUAGCUUUUAUUGGAGUUUACUUUUUGCCAUAUUCUUUCAAAGAGAUUAUCAGAAAAAGGAUAAAAAAGAGAUGGUCGUCCACCACCUUGUGACUAUCUUGCUGAUAUAUUUUUCAUGGGCAUGUAACUUUGUCCGUGUUGGCAGUCUAGUCCUUGUGGUACAUGAUUUUGCUGAUCCAUGGCUAAAUAUUGCAAAAAUGGCCAAAUAUGCCAAAUAUCAAACAACCUGUGAAAUAUUUUUUGGAAUGUUUAUAUUAACUUGGAUUAUCUCUAGAAUUUUUGUUUAUCCAUUCUGGGUGUUAAAUGCCUCAGCUGUUGAAAUUCAUGACUAUGUCACAACAUUUCCUGCAUACUGGUUCUUCAAUGGACUUCUAUUUGUUCUACAAUUACUGCAUAUUAUGUGGACCUACCUAAUACUUAGUAUUGCCUUCCAAAAGCUUACACUAGGCUCAAUUGAGAAAGACAUCAGGAGUGAGUCAGACAGUGAAAUCAGUGACUCGACCACAGAGGAAACCACAAAGAACAAUAAAGCAGCUGUAACCAAUGGUGUUUCACAGAAAGGAGCGCAACAUUCAAACAAUCUUUAGAACCACAAUUAUUUUUAUCAUAUAAUGUUGACCAGUCUACAAGAAAUUGAGUGAACAGUUACUGUAAAGAUGGAGACUUCUGUUUGUUUGCAUUUUCCAUAUCUCCAAAAGUGUGUAUAUUAUAUGUCAUAAUAUGUCAUUGUUAAUAGAAGCUAUUUUAUAACUGGAGUUUAGAUUGGCUAUACAAUUUAUAACUUGGUACUUUUAAUGUUCACAUUUUACUUAUAUUUAAGUGGCUUUUAUGUUAUGAUUAUUCGGUUUUAGUUACUUUUUACUCAAAGAAAAAAAGGGUAAUUCCUUGUGCAUCUUAAACUCUACCUCUUAGAAAGAUUUUACUGUCUAUUCAACUUUAAUUUCAGCUCAUACUUUAUAUAUUAUUUUUGAAAAUUUUAAUAAGAUCCUUUUAAAUUACAGGAACUGAUGGAUUAUUUUUUUUUAAUCUUUAAUUUUAAACAUCUGAUUUUUAAUACCAUCAUUAUCUCCCAUUUGAGUAAGGGCUGCAAAUUACAACUAUCCAGAGUUCUUUCUCCUGAUUCAUUAACUCCAUCUUAUUCCUUCCACCUGUGAACCAUCUUAAUGGUAUCUGCCUCAAGUUCUUGUCACCUUGAAGGCUUCUUUUCUGCUCACCUUAGAAGUACCGUGGCUGGUGAUAUUUAUAGUGUGUGCUCUGCCCAUCACCGCCUUCUGAUUUUCAUCUUCAUCCAGGAGUUGGAAAGUUUUUGGUCAAAGGUUGUUUCUUCUUCUGUUGUCUGGCCAACUAAUCUGGAUCAUUCUCCUCAGAAUUUCUGGGCUUCCGCUAUGGUUACUCUGGUCAUCUGUCAAGUCUUUACUUCAUACUGACUUAACGUUGCUGUUAAAGGUUCAGAUAUUUGCUGACAUUAAAUAUAUUGUUAUCUGCGUGAUGCUUUCAUCUGCUGACAGUUUAAAGUGAGUUUUUGUUUUUUAGUGAAUCAACUUAAUGUGUGAUAGGUUAGAUAACCCUCUCAGAUAGCACAUUUCCAGUUCUAAUAGUUUUGUACUUGCAUUCUUGAAAUGUAUGGUUUUAGUUUUCUCAUUUUAAACUAGAAUCAAGUUUUAAAAUUGCAUUAUUUUAAAAAUUUGGCAAAAGAUAUAAUUAGCAUUUUAAUAAUUUAAGUAGUUCCAUAUCAAUGGGCAUUUUAAACUAUAACGAAGUUCAAAAUUUUAAUGUGUUGAUGUCACUGUGUCUAAUUUUGAUAUAUUGUAACAUAUAUUUUUACUCUUUUGGUACGUCUACUAGUUCUUUAAAGUAUAUCUUAACUGUUCAUUUAAUGGCAAUUGUUUAUUGUAAGGCUUUGUCAUGUGCCUCUAUAAAGAUUAGAUGUUAUAUUAAUGUAAAUAUUUUUAAAUUGGAAAAAAAAAUAUUUUUUAUCUAUCGACCCAGCUAGCCUUUUCCAGUUUUCCCAGAUAAAUUUACAUGCAUGUUCUUAUACUAUAAAUUUUAGUUUUUAGUAGCUGAAGUUUCAUAACUUCUUGAUUUUGUGUGUAUAUAUUUAAAAUAAAAAUUAAUAGUCAGGCAUGUUUUUAUAUAAAAUUUCAUAUGAACGGAGUGCAUAAGACCCCUAUGUUUUCAUAAAUUCUGCAUUUUAUGCUAUUAUAUCAAUUCUUUAAUUUUUCCCCAUUCUUAUUCUGUUUGUUUUAAUCCAUAACUUAUGCUGGCUUUGUUGAUUUGUUGCUAACUAAUUAACAUAAUUAGGAUCAAAAGUUUAAUAUUUCACUUUUUGUUUGUUUGUCCGCCACUAUGACUGCUCAUUACAGUAAUAACUUCCUGUGAAUUAACGAGUCGUGUUUUUGAGCAUCAAGCAAAUACUUUCAUUGUCAUUAAUUCACAAUCUUUCCUGUACCAGUAUUUGUACAACUCAAACUCUUAAUGGAGAUAACUACAUUUACAAAUUACUUCUUUUUUUAGCCCUUUUUUACAUACUUUUUUAUACAAUUAUGGUUUGUUAUAUAUUUCCAGUUUGAUGUAAGUUUAAAUUAUUUCCUGGAUUCUUAAUAACUUGAAAACAUUUAAAAAUACUAAAUGUUUUCAGGAUAUUUAGUUAUACAGUCACCUAAGUCACUAACAUUUGUCAACCCAUUAUGACAUUGGCCAUAGUUUUGUUUCCACAUACAUAAUAUUGUCACUUGCAACUUGUUCUUACCACAAAUAACUUGUUGUAAUACAUAAAGUUGUUUACAGCAACUUGCUCAGAUUAAAACAAUUUGAAUAACAACUAGUUCUAAUACAUAAAGUUGCCUCUCAUAACAAUUUAAAACAUGGUGACAGUUAAUUAAUUACUAACGGCUGUGAAACAGUUUGUUUGUUAAACAUUGAAAUAAUCUUCCAAUCACAAUUUUUGCUGAAUACAAAAUUGUUUUUUUCUUAAUUGGUUUUUGUAGAUUAAGUAAACCUAAUAAGCAGAAUCAUAUUUAAAGUUACUUAAAUUAUUUUUUUUUUUAUUCAGUUCACAGUUUUCAAAUGGUGUUUAAGAAAUUAAAAUUUUUAUUUCCAGUUGGCUUCUAGUCAAAGUGUGAUAUACUUGCUUUAUUUAACUAAAAUAAUAAGAUAAAAUAUUACUAAACAAGGUUAUUCAUCAUUUAGUUGUAAAAAUUGGAUGACAUAGUGCUAUAAUUAUUUGGUGUACAAUAGUUCCCUGUGACUAUUUUUGAACAUAUAUUUUUAAAUUCUUUUAAAUUAAACUUCUUUGCAAACAUAACAUUUUAAACUGUUAGCUUAGUUAAAAAAUUAUAUAUUUUUAGUUAAUUUAAUGUUAUUUAAACAGGUAUUAAUCAGAAUUAAAACAUGAUACAGCUGAUUUAAGAAAAUAGAGACAAGAAUUUGUGUCCUUAAAAAGAAACAGUUUAAAAAAUAGUCACUCUUUAUUUUGCUGAGUUUGUUUGUAAUAUAUUUUAAUUUAUAUGUUGAACCUGAAUUUGCAAAGAAAGCAGAAACAUUGUUCUUUGCUAUCAAAUAUUCCAUGUUUUGAUUUGUGUGCAAUUUAUUUGGCAAAUAUCAAGAGGUUUCUUUUUUUUUUACAUUUCAACUUUUAUUAAAAGUAAAAGUAGCUUAUUUCUACUUAAUUACUUCAUUGUGUUCCUUGUUUUGUUUUAAAAGCAUUUAAACCAGGAUUUAAAAUAUAGACAUUUUGCUUAUUAGAACUAACACAAAACAACCAUAGAAAAACUAAUCCUUAUAAUUUCACUUACUCCCGAAAAGUUAUAAAACAUUUGAUUGCACUUCUGUUUAAAAUUCUUUUAAUCUUACUAUUUCUAUAUAAAAUGCAUAAUAUUUGUCAUUAUUCGUGCCACCAAGUAUUGAAUAUAUAUAUAUAUAUAUAUAUAUUUAUAUAUAUAUAUAUAUAUUUAUAUAUAUAUAUAUAUAUAUAUAUAU